AUGGUCCCUUUUUUCUGUGGAAACUUCAGACCGGAAAUUGUCACCACAAAUUAUCGAUUUUGCAAAGUUCGGCGAUUCGUCAAAAUUUUGCACAUUACACCAUUGCGGACCAGGAAGACGACCUGGGCUGGACGCCGCGGCGCCUACAACUUGGUGCCAAGUGCCACACACAACGGCGACCUCUCUACCGCGUUCUUGCAGAUUGCUGAAUCGAGCACAUGGGCGGACGCCGAGAAUCGAUGCUACAACGAAAGAGUCGGCUCGCAUUUGGCAUCGCUUCAUUCCGUAGACGAAUACAAAUGGGCGGCGAGCACGUUUUCGCAAGACUCGCGAAUUCUAGCGUGGGUCGGUUUGCGCAAAGAGCCAUUCGGCACCGAGUAUUAUUGGUCCGAUGGAUCGCCGGCGGACAAUUUGUGGUGGCGGCCCGGAGAUCCAGAGAACGAUCAUACACAUUGCAUGACAAUAUGGUAUUCAUCAAGCGCCGAUGCGGAAGUCACCGCAGGAAUGAUUGAUGAUAUUUCGAGUUGUUCGACAAGACAUAAGAUCCUGUGUAAAUACGAUCCGAAUUCAAACGAGCCGCAUGUGAAGUUUCAAGAAAGAUAUGUUGGUGAGGGUCCAUGCGAUUCAGGAUGGACCCAGUAUUCGAAUGGGAUGUGCUAUAAAAUGGGCGGCGAGCUGACUUGGGCAGCCGCAGAAGACUGGUGCUAUAAUGAACGGCAUGGAUCGCAUUUGGCUUCGUAUCAUUCGCAAGGCGAAUAUGAAUGGGUGGCGUCGACGUUCGCGACGGGAUGGAUUAAUUACAUCAUCGCGUGGACUGGACUUCGACGAUGCGAUCAGGAGACAUUCUAUUGGUUCGACGGCACCCCUACCGAUUUGGUUUGGUGGCGGCCGAAUUAUCCGGGUCAGGAUGUUAAUCGAUGCUACACGAUAUGGGAUUCGAUGGGCGACCGAUUCACAAGCGGGUUUAUGCCGGGACAGUUGGACGACACCUAUCAGUGCACGAAAAGGGCAACAGCGAUUUGCAAAUAUGAUCCAGCUGCUGCGUCAACUAGUUCCACAUCGACAUCUCCUAGCACUGUUUCGACGAUCCCUUCAACCCCAACUACCCCUCAGACUGCUAGUCCCACAAUUACAAGAUUGGACAGUGAGUGUGUUGAGAGGUGUGAGAAGGGUUGGGUGAAUUAUAAAACAAAAUGCUACGCGUUGAUAAAGGGACCAUCAAAUUAUUAUCAGGCGCUGGCGGGUUGCUCAACGUUUGGUGCCAAUUUAGCCGAAAUAAGCAAUGACGAGGAGAAUGAGGCGAUAAGAAAAGCGUUUUCGAGAAAUGGGCAAUCGAAUGAAGAUGAGCAAGCAUGGAUUGGGCAGUCAUCAUACGCGAACUGGGCGAUCAAUCAGCCGGAUAAAAGCCAUGGGUCUUCCUACGAUUAUUGCAAUUCGUACUCAUUGUCUAUUGUGGAUUCCGGAUCGAUGUGGGGAUUUUCCCGAGGCGUCUGGAACGAUUAUCCAUAAUGCAAAAAUCGCGGCGAAUUGAUAUCGGAGUUUGUCGCGAAAAAUUCGGCCAUCAUCAAAGAGCUGCCGUCGGAUGAGGCUCUUAAUGAAGCCUUGGCGAAAAGCUUGCCGAACAGCCAGCAUUUAUCGGAUGCGAACACGCAAAAUUUGGUUUUGAUGAAUGGGGGCACUUGCGAUCCGGGUUGGACAUUGAAUCCGGCGAAUGGGAUGUGCUAUUUGAAGGGACCAGAUUUGCUGACGUUCUAUCCGGCCGAAGACUAUUGCUUCAAUUUGCGCGCCGGCUCGCAUUUGGCGUCGAUUCAUUCGCAGGCGGAAGCCGAAUGGAUCGCCGCGACGUGGUACAGUUUUCUCGGCAACAUUGUAUGGAUCGGACUGUUGCGAAAUUGCGACAAUUCGGCGUACGCGUGGACCGACGGCACGCCCGUCGAUUUCAUUUGGUGGCAGCCGGGUUUUCCGAAGGACGAUCCAGCGACGACGUGUAUUACUAUUUGGGACGGCUUCUUGAACCGAUUGAAAUCCGGAUUUGUUCCCGGACAAUUUGAUGAUGUUUAUGAUUGCUACACGAGCACAUCGGCACCCUUGUGCAAAUAUGAUCCGAACUCGACCACCACCACGACACCAAUCACUACCACGACUCCAACCGUCAUCACGACGACGCCAACCGCCACGACACCACCCACAAUGACACCAACGACUCCAACCACUUCCGCAAUUGCAAAAACCACCAAAGGAGCCACAUCUUUGCCAGCCUCAAAUUUUCCGACGUGCCAAUCGAAAUGCCCACCAAAAUGGGUGGAAUUCAAUGGAAAUUGCUAUGCGCUAAUUCAAGGAAUCGCGAAUUGGUAUCAAGCCGAAAAAGGGUGUGUCGCGUUGGCGGCGGAAAUCGCCCGAAUUGGCAAUGGCGACGAAAAUGAGGCGUUGCGAAAAGCGUUUGCCCAAAACACCAAUGGCGGACAGGCGGCGCAGGCGUGGAUCGGAUCAUCGACAGCCUACACCAAUUGGGCGACGAGUCAGCCGGAUGCCGCCGAAGGCUCCUCGCAAACCUAUUGCAAUACUUUCGUCCUAUCAACGGUGGAUUCCGGCGAGCGAUGGGGAUAUGCGAAGGGCGUCUGGAACGACUAUCCGUGCGCGUUGACGCAAAAGUACACAAUUUGCCGGAAGUCGGUGUAG